AACUGGAAUUGUUUCCGCUGGUUUCAGCAGCUUCUGACAGGCCAGUGAUGCAGGCUGGCACACUGAGGUGAAACUCAGUACAACAAUAACAACACACAAAGUCUUCAUCUUGGCUCUGACACCUCGUUGUUCUCAGGUCUGUUUUAUAUUGAUACCACUGACCAAUUAUUCUUGUGCCUCAUCCACCCACCCCUGUACCUCUGCCGAUUACAAAAUGUUGAACCUGAAUACUACUUAAAUAAACCUUGAUGUUUGCUUAUCAAGCAUAGAGCUAUGCAACACAGUCUGCACACUGCAUUAAAGGGACAUGAGUCAAUUAAAGUGUCGUCUUUACCUACAAACUGUAUCGUUCUCAAGAAAUCAUACAGAAUCCAUUUUGGUGGUGUUCAGACAGUCAGCUCAGCUUGCAACAUUCAUUAACCAAAUCAGAUCAAUUUUUUAAAAGUAAACAAGCAUAAAGGGCCGCUGAAUACUCCACCUAUCUGUUCACACCACUGCAGGUGCACAAUAAUGUUCAAUUUAUCUUAGUUUAUGCACUAAACUCUGAGUCUGCAUUGUGUUUGAAGGCAUUUUGAGGUUGCCUCUGAAUAAGUCUAUCCCAAGUUAACUUACAUUACUUGCAUUAUUAUGUAGAUUCACUGGUAAGUUCCUAUCAGUAGACGGAUGAACUCCCCUCUCAUAUUUACGUCAAACUGUUUCCACAUCACAGAUCACCUAGGUUGGAAUUUUUCUGGACAAUUGAAAGAUUAAUGGUUUGCAAAUGUAGCGAUUCUAUUAAACUGAAUGUAUGGACCAGCAUGAGAGGUUGUGAUUUGCAUUAACAGUUAUAUCACACACAACUUAAUGUUUUUAGACAAUAAAAAAUCAUAUUUAAUGCACUAUGAUAAAUUCAGUGAAAUGACAAUAAAAAUAACAAUAAAAUAAAAGAUUUCUGGAUUAGAAAACAAUAUUAACCACCGCCCAAUGCGUGAAAUAAAGACAUUAAUUCAAACAUGAUAUUGUAAUGUCGCUUGUAGGCUCAUUGGUCAAGAAUUUAAACCGUUUCCAACUGUGUCCGACUGACUUUAAUUUCUCCAAUUAACUUAGAUGUGCAGUUGAUGGCUACAUACAUGAGCCACCAAAUUUAGUUAUUAGCUGCAUGAAACUAGAUGAUCAUCUCACAACCAUCUUCAGUAAAGAUGCACAAACACUGAAGUAAAUCAAAAGAUUAUUUUGUCAAAAAGUGUCCCCAUAAAUACAUGGAUUUUGGAUCUGACUACUUUAAAUCCCCCUUGACAGUAUUUACUUACCCUUUCUACAUUACAGAAAAUGAAAAGAGGGAUUUUGAUGUAAAAAAAAAACAAAAAAAACCCAAAUAACAAUUUGAUGUCACUGGACCAAAACUUAAAAAUAUAUAUUUUUAAAUUGAUAUAAAAACCUUAGAGAACAGUCUUGGAUGGUAGUCUGGCCCACCUCAUAUUCUGUGUGCAAACCAACAGUAUGAUUUCUUAUUAGGCUACUGCUCCACAUCAAGCCAUGAAGGCCCCCCUCAUGCUCCACCAUCUCUGCACGCCACUGCAUGUGAAAAAUUAGGUUGAAUAAAUCUCAGUUUAUACAUUAAACCCUGAGUCUUCAUUGUGGUUGCUAGCGUUUUGAGGCUGCCUCUGCAAAUAAACUUGAAGUCGUUGCUGAUUGACUAGUCAGCUUGGUUGUAGGGUAACUAUAAGGAACGCCCCUCUCCUGUUUUGUAACUGCAUCGAGAUCACGCGGGUUGGGAUUUCUGGAAUACGUUCAUCGUGGUCAUGCAGCUGUUGAUCCGCCGCUACCGUCCCUCAGACAAGGACACGGUGCUGAGGCUGUUCAGCACCGGCAUUCAGGAGCACAUCGGUCCAUGUUUUCACAACGCCAUGACCAGCCCGGACUACCUCACCAUCACCCUCGCUCUGUGUAGUGCUGGCUACCUCCUUGGAUCUGUGUUAUGGGCUGUGGUAUUACCAGGAGUCUGGGUGGGCCUUGUCUACUACUGCUGUCAUGAGCUUUAUGCCAGCUAUGUCAGAGGGAGACUCCGGACUGACAUGCAGGACAUCCCUGGGAACUACCUGAGCAGACCGGAUGACUGUUUCUGGGUGGCUGAGGCUGAGGUCGAUGGGAGGUCCCAGAUCGUGGGUAUUGUGGCUGUAGUGGCCAGACAAAGCGGGAAGGAAAAGUACGGCGAACUGUUCAGAAUGAUAAUCUCGCCAUUGUGUAGACGUGCAGGCCUGGGUUACAGGAUGACUCAGACAGUGGUUGACUUCUGUAAGGAACGAGGUUUCUCCAAGGUGGUGCUGGAAACCAGCUCCACCCAGACUGCUGCUGUGGCACUGUACAAGAAACUGGGGUUCAGCCACGUGCUCUCACACACCAAAACAGAGGCUCCCCUCUGGAUGAUAACACUAACCAAAGUCACGGUUUUAAAAAUGGAAAAACACCUGUAGGCUUUAAACAACACUCAUCAGCUACUGUAAUGUUCCUAUUAUCUUCCUCUUUAUCAGUGGUUUAAGCUUUUGCAUGGGUUAUACUUGAAUGCAAUGAACUCGAACAAAAUCUCAUUUAAAACAAAGACAAAGUUCGUUUUGCUUGUACUGUACAAUAGACCAACUUAUCUGAAUGUUUUAAACAUGACACAGUCCUGCUCUUAUAAUCUUACCGGACCAAUAUACACACGACUGUUGAUUGUGGCACUGUCUGUAUUUUUUAUGACAACUAGUUUGAAAUACUGUGACUUUAUGUCACAAAUCUUACUGAUUACAUGUAACUGUUUCACACAAGAGAAAUAAAAAAACACAUGUGAUUGUUUUA